GAAACAUUUCUCCCGCCAAAUCUGAUUUAGUUCGGUGCUGGAGUUUAAAGACUCCCGGGAAAAUGGUUUUACGUAACACUGGACGAUACAGUGUUAAUAAAGAAAAUUCGUCUAAAGAUCUUUUGGGAUCCAGUAAAGACGAUACAUCCGAACGGAGAUUGCAGCAAUCAUUGUUUAAUGAUGAAAUUGAUUUGAAAUUUGGCUUUAAACGAUAUCAAGAAUCGGCAGAAAUAGUAGGAUGGCUUGUCAACAUGCAUCCGACUGAAAUCUUAGAUGAAGACAGAAGAUUAGUUAGUGCUGUAGAUUAUUAUUUUGUUCAAGAAGAUGGAAAUCGCUUUAAAGUAUCAUUUCCUUUUAAUCCUUAUUUUUAUAUUGCUGUUAAAAAUAAUUGUGAACAGGAAGUUUCUUCCUUUCUCACUCGAAAAUUUGCUGGAAGUCUUUAUCGAGUUGAGAUCAUCCAAAAAGAAGAUCUUGAUUUGCCUAACCAUCUAAUUGGAUUAAAAAAAACUUAUUUAAAACUAUCUUUUCUGACUGUGUCAGAUUUAAUAAAAGUUAGGAAAGAACUACUUCCGACGAUUAAAAAAAACCGAGACAGAAUGAAAUCUAGAUCCACCUAUGUAGAAAUGUUGAAGAAUAAUAUGUCAUCCAAUGAUGAGAAAAUUAUUGUGGGUAGAGUUACUGAACAGAUGGAGAAUAUCAUAGACAUUCGAGAAUAUGAUGUUCCUUAUCAUAUAAGAGUUUCCAUUGACAAAAAAAUCUUUGUUGGGCAUUGGUAUUCAGUGAGGUGUAAAGGAACUGAACCUCCAGAAAUUGUUAGACGGGAUGAUUUAUUACAGACUCCNUUUCUAUAA